AUCUUCACCACCUUCCCUUACCUUCGUUCGCGUGAUAUCCCUUUCGAGAGGCGCGCUAUCCCUCAUUCUCUCUUCUCAUUGUAUCAUUCGUCUCUCUCUUACAUUUGAUUCCACUCUUUUGCCUCUCUCUCUCUCUGGUCUGCUGUACUCAUCCACUCACUUACCUAUACAUCGAUACAUGCAUACAUACUCCUCCCAUCCCGUCAACCAUACUCCGUACCUUUACAGCAGUCAUAGACUCAUGUUCGUGGAUGGACGUCCCGUCCGUGCCUAGGUCUUGACCGAAGUUUAUCUUGACCGCCGAUCGGAAACACCUUCUUCUGCGCGCAUCUGCAAGACUUGCAUACAUACUUUACAUACACUCAUACCUUACGGAGUACAGACUACCUUUUUCUUCUCCUUUUUGUCUCUCAGUCUUUUUUAGUCUUUUCUGGCUGCAGCCCGUUCUUUAAACUGCAUCCAACCACAACCGCAAACCACGACAACCCGUCUCCGAAAGGUUUCAUCCUAGCUCUAUAGAUCGCUCCAUCCCAUCUUUUCUUGUCUUUUCGUCGUAACAAAAUAUCCCCGACAUCUCAAAAGGAUCGUGCUCUCUUUUUACUUCUCUUUGGGGGAUCAAGGUGCAGCCUUCAGUAGCAACGCAAACUGACCAUCGUGCGGCCUUUUUCACUCACCGCCAGCCCCCCAGCCCACUCACCCCGCGCCAAGGGUCCCCUCCCCUUUCGCAUCCCUCCGUACCCUCCCUACCCCCCCUUGCCGCAAUCCGCAAUCCCGCCAUCCCAACCAGCGCCCACUUGGGAGCUGACCAAGACCAACACUUCAAACUGCCAUUAUCCACGCAGAGCAACAACUCACUCAUCCAUAAUCUUCAAGAAACGGAGCCUCAUUAGAGACUUAAAACAACUCAUCAACUACACGCACAAACACUCAACACACCAGCACAAUGAGGGACCUCCCAGCUAGUCCCCGACAAGGGUCCCCCGCCCUCGCACCAAGACGACUCUCGGAGGAACUCGGUGACUUCAUGUUCUCCAGCGAUGAGUACGACGAUGAGGAAGAGGGGGACGAGGAGGAUGAAAGCUACGACGGUAUCGAGACGCCCGCUUCAUCGCGCAAGUCGUCACAAAGCCUGGACGGUUACUUUGACGAGGUCGACGUCUACAAGCACCAGCAGCUCCAGGACACAACCUCCGAGUCAGAACGCACCGAAAAGAAGAAUGACAGCCGUCCCUCCACGGCCACUUACAACAGCCGUCCGUCUACCGCCACCUACAGCAGCCGCCCAUCCACGGCGGUCUCCAUGCCGCCAUUUCGCCGCUCAUCAACCUGUCCUGUUCUCCUCCCAGACGACUUCAUCUCCAGUGCCGCCGAUGAGGUCGUCAAGAUCAUGCCCGACCAGGCAGCGUUUAUGAAGCGCAUGGUGGAAGGGUGGAGAGAGAUUCAAAGGCGGUCGUCAGUCAGCACCACCAUAUCACCAAUGUCGCCGGCGAGCGCAACUUCGCCAGGCACGAUAAGUUUGCCAAAGAGACCGCAGACAGCGCCUUCGCCAAUGUACGCGCCUCAAAUGUGCUUCGCGUCAUUCCCGCAGGCUGUCCCGGAACAGGAUGAGGAUGAUAGUCCCACAGAAUCGGUGGGGAGCUUUUCCAACGUGGUGGAGCGGCUGGACAAGGUCGAGGAGACGCUGGAAGAGCUGAGGGACUUGGCCAAGCAACAGGCCGGGGCAGCGAUUGCAUCAACCUCGGCGAGCGUAACCGAACAGAAUGCAAAGUUUGCCGUUGUGAAUAAGUGCAUCGACACAAUCGGUAGGGUGUGCGAGAGGGAGCAGGAGGUGCAGGGUGAUUCGCAGCUGGACAGGAGAUGCGUCGAUGCGCUGGUCCAAAUCUGCGAAAUGUUUGCACGUGAGAGCGUUGAUCAGGACCCCUAUCGGUUCGGCUCUAGCUUCAUGGCCGAGGAAAGCGAGGACGACGAUGUUGAGUAUGAGGGCAAGGAUGAGGAAGAGGUCGGAGAAAGUGAGAGCGACGGUGAAAGUGAUUAUGGGUCCGACGACGAUUACGAAGCACAUCCCAUAGAUUCGGACCCAACUGAGUACGAAUCAGGAGACUUUUUAGGGAAGUCUCCGACCAUCGAAACCGACAAAACCUUGCCUCCUCUAUUAUCAACGAGGACGAGGUCAUCAACACCAACUCAAGUAGUGCCAGCGGGGACCAGAGUCGAGGCUCCCGAUACACCCCGCCGGCGGGCGCGACUGGUCCGCGAAGCCAAAGCCGAGCUCGAUGCCCUCUUCUCCGAAUGGGCCGAGCCCAAGAACUCGUACGAAGAGCGGCAUUCGCGUAUCGUAUACGCCACGGAGGCAUAUCAUCUGCGCCUCGUAGACAUGAAGUCAGCACACGAAUGCGAGUUCAAGUGGAAAAACGAACUGAUGAAUUACGAAGAAAAGAUGAAGGAUAGAGGCGCCUUUGGUCCAAAUGUGUGGCCCAUCGUGGAUCUGGCACUGCCCAUCGGUCAAUGCCUGCUGAGUGUGACGCUGCUGGUGGUGCACUUCUUCGGCCUGGACUCUUGGCUGGUGGGACAAAAAGCAUUCCUUGCGUUCCUAGCCGCAUGGCUGGCAAGCGUGGCCGUAUUGGCACGCUGUACCGAGGUCAAGGCGAGAGAAACUCUGUACAAGACGAUGCUGCCUCCUGAUGCCAGGGAGAUGCGGAGGAGACACGAACGCGAGCUGGUGCUGCUCAAGGCGGCUCACGACCGCGCAGUUCAACGCGUCUACGCACCGGAGCAACAGUCACGGGCGGAAGACAGAAGUUAAGUGGGUGAAGAGUGUAUACUAGUAGAGUGUAUCAGUAGGCCUGCCGAUUCAGUGAAGAAAGUCUGUCCUUCAUCAGGGCCCCAUCCAUCCCAUGUAUUCCUACCGCAAUUAUACCGCCUGAAGUCAAGACCGAUCGUGUGAUUUCAAGGC